AUGUCGUUAUGCCUCUUGAAUCUAGCUAUCUGUGUCGCCUUGUCCCCAGCGCAGGUCUUUCUCUUCAAGCAGAAAGGCUCCUAUCGGUCGGCCAAGCCAAUGGACCAAUUCGGUCCCAACUGCGCCCCCGAUUCGCCAUCUAGUGUCCCGAUAUCGGUCGAUAUCGUGGCCGUUCACGGGCUGGGUUUGUCACCGGACACUGCAUGGGCUUACAAGCUUAAGGAUGCUCCGCAAAGUGGCACGACCGAUGAGGCUCUGACGCAGAGCUGGACGACCCCAGGUCUGGACUCGAAAAUUGGGCCUAUUUGGUUCCGAGACUUCCUCCCUCUCAAGGAGCUCCAGACUCGAAAAUUGGGCCUAUUUGGUUCCGAGACUUCCUCCCUCUCAAGGAGCUCCAGGCUCGAGUUCUGGUCUAUUACCACAACUCUGGAUGGCAAGCGCAUGCAUCGGGCAUGUCUCUAA